CCGGGAAGUUCUCUCUGAGUCCGAGGCUCCCGCCCCGGUCCAUCUCGCAGCCAGCGGCAGCCUGGUCCGCGCCAGGAACCGUCUCUGGUCCGUGGCGUGAGCCCCGCGCUGGUGGAAGCUGCGGACGAUGGCGGUGACGAUGCUGCAGGACUGGUGCCGGUGGAUGGGCGUCAGCGCUCGCAGGGGCCUGCUCAUCCUGGGCAUCCCGGAGGACUGCGAAGAAGCCCAACUCCAAGAGGCCCUGGAGGCCGCCCUGUGGCGCAUGGGCCACUUUACCGUGCUGGGCAAAGUGUUCCGCGAGGAGGACAACGCCACCGCGGCCCUGGUGGAGCUCGACCGCGAAGUCAACUACGCUUUGGUCCCCAGGGAGAUCCCGGGCCCCCGGGGUCCCUGGAGCGUGGUCUUUGUGCCCCGUUGCUCAGGCGAGGAGUUUCUCGGUCGCGUGUUCCGCUUCCUGGAGCAACAGGGGCAGACGGUGGAGAGCGUGGCCGGCGCCCUGGGGCUGGGGCUGCGCAGGGUGUGCUGGCUCCGGUCGGUCAGUCAGGCGGUCCAGCCCUGGGUGGAGACCGUGCGGUACCAGCGCCUGGGCGUGUUCUCCGGGAGGGACCAGCCGUUCCCGGGGGAGGAUUCCUUCGACACCUGGCUAGACCACACCGCCGACAUGCUGCACGUGUGGCAAGGGGUCUCGGAAAGGGAGAGGAGGCGGAGGCUGAUAGAAGGCCUUCGAGGCACGGCCCUGCAGCUCGUGCUCGGGCUCCUGGCGGAGAACCCUGCCAGGACGGCACGAGACUGCCUGGGGGCCCUGACCCAGGUGUUUGGGGACACUGAGUCCCAGGCGACCCUCCGGGUGAAGUGCCUGACCGCUCAGCAGCAGCCAGGCGAACGCCUCUCGGCUUUCGUGUUGCGGCUGGAAGUCCUGCUGCAGAAAGCCGUGGAGAAGGGGGCUCUGGCCAGAGACUCCGUGGACCACGUGCGCCUGAGGCAGGUGCUCACCAGGGCCAACCUUAUUGAGCCCCUGGACGAAGCCCUGAGGAAGCUGAGAUUGGUGGGGAGGGCUCCGACUUUCCUGGAGAUGCUGGGGCUGGUUCGCGAGUCUGAGGCAUGGGAGGCCAGUCUGGCCAGGAGCGAGAGGGCCCAGGCAAGAGGAGGGGCUGAUGCCGGGACAAGUGCCCAGGCUGAUGCCAGAGCCGAAGCGAAGGCAGAGGAUGGCAGGGUGCAGGAGGACAGUGAGGACCGUGCCCCCGUCCCCGCGGGCCUAGAUCAGGCAGGACCCUCUGAGGCCCCCGGGGGCCCCACCCCUGCCCACAUGGGCGAUGCUUCUGGGGCGGGCCCAGGAGGUCCUGGUGGGGCAGAGGGCCUGGCCCUCGCACGACACGCCGAGGCCGAGGGGGCUGAGGAGUUUCUCCCCCAGGAGGGACUCAAGCCCAUCCCGGAGGAGUCAGGAAACGAGGCCCGCUGGGGUGGGAGCAUCUUCAUCUCCCUGAGUGGCAGGGGAGGCCUUGGUGGUUUCCUCAGGGGCAGGGGCUGCCCCAGUGGCAACAGCAGUUUCAGGAGCAGCCUCAGCAGGGUCAACAGUGCCAGGACCUGCAUCACUGGCCUCUGCAUUGGCCAGGGUGGCCUGGGCACCAUCUUCACGGUCUGGCAAGGCCUAGGCACUAUCUGCAUAGCUUAG